AUGCUAAAGUGACAGGCAAAACGCAAAAGCUCGGCCAUGCUCAUCAGCACCACUAGGGCCUUCACAUUCAAAUGUUCGCCUUCGUCUUUCAAAUCCUUCUCCUGGUCCCACAUGGACUCCAAACCCAAAACCGUCGUUCAAUACGCCUUCAUGAGCUCCGCAUCUCGCUCUCCUCCUAGAGAGGCCUGCGUGAACGACCCCGGCAAUGGGUCUAUCUCAUUGCAGGAGUGGCAGGGCUGGGGCACCACGUCUUCUGUGCCCGCCAUGGUCACCAAAAUCGUUGAGGAGUUGAAGGCUUUGGAGACAGAUAUUGAUGCCCAGAUGACCUUUGGUGGUAGUGGUGGCAAGCUUCAGGGAUAUUUCAAAGUUCAAGAGGACAAAAAGCACCGCGCAACAUAUCAGGCUUUAUGUGAUUCUGAAAAAAAGCUACAAUUUUUUUCAGCUCGACAAAUAGCAUGUCGCUUACUUGGAAGUAGGGGUUACCUUUGUCAGAAGUGCUGGCUGCCUUUGGAAGACUGUAUGUGUUCUAGAGUCAUUGCUUGCAAUUUAUGGCAUGGAAUGCGAUUCUGGUUAUAUAUGCAUCCAAAGGAUUUUCUGCGACAGAACAACACUGGAAAGUUGUUAUGGCAAGUUUUUGGCAUUGAAGCUGCAACUUUGUGUCUCUAUGGCAUUGCUGAGCAUGAAGAAAUCAUGUGGAGCACAUUCAAGGAUGCAGGAAAAAACAAUGUAUGUUGCCUUUAUCCGAACAAAAAUGCUAUAUCAAAAUCUGUUCAGGAUGCCUUUGGUCAAGAAUCCUCGGCAGAUCAGAAAUGUAGACUAACGAUGACAAAUGGAGAUAAAACUAUGAAUUUCAUUCUAAUUGAUGGUACAUGGAGCAAUUCCAAUGCAAUGUUCAGCCGUCUGAAGGACAGAAGACCUACUCUUAGGCCUAGGUACGUUGCUGAGGAAGGAGUCAAGUCCGUGGAAACGUUUUGUGUCAUGACCUCGAAUUCGGUGGAGCACUUGGAGCCUGUAAACAUCCGAAGCUCAUGAUGUCCCAAGGAAAGCAAAGAUAAGUUAAUGAGUUAGAAAAUAAGUAUAAGAAAUAAUGAGAGAGAGUUUAGUGGUAAUAGCAUAAACAAGGUGGGAGCAGAAAGGUGAAAUAAUGGAAGGGUAAUGCAGUGUUUUUGCAACUCAAAUGGAGAAAAAAUUGUGUGUUUCCGCAGCUCAAACUGUGAAACAUCUAGUUUUGGUGAUGGGGAUGUGAGUUUUUGUCAAUGGUAGGUGCUUCUAACAGUAGGCUGAAGGGAAUUUUACUAAGAUGUUUGGAGAGGUAAUACUUUUGGCAAGAAGGUAUUUCCUGCUGUAAUGAUUCUCUCAAAGGGAUUCUAAAGGGUUUUGAGAGUGGGUAAUGAUUUUCUAGGGCUUGUGAUUGGAAUGAAUGGAUGAUCAAAUGGUUAAGUGAAUGGUGAGUCAACGCGCAGUGAAGGUUGGGUGGAAUGUGCAAUGGGUAGUUUUUGUCAUUGUCAUGGAGGCUCUUAGUAGAAUGUUCUCAGCUUCAGUUGGGGGUGGUUUUUUCUUAGGAUUUUCGGAGGGGGAUAUUAACCAUGGCAUAAUCAACAUUUCUCACGUUUUCUUUGCACAUGAUACUUUGUUAUUCUGUGAAGUGGACCAAGGGCACAUUCAAUCUUUGAGGGCUAUCCUUCUCUGCUUUGAAGUUGUUUCUGGGUUGAAAGUAAAUCUCUCGAAAUCCAAGGUGGUAGCGGUUUGUUAUGUUCGAAAUAUAAGGGGUCUAUCUCAUCUAUUGGGCUAAAGUAUCAUCAUUAUCCAUGAGGUAUCUUGGUCUUCCUCUAGGAGUUCCUUUCAAGGCCAAGUCCAUUUGGAAUGAUGUGUUGCAAAAGAUAAGAGUGUAGGCUUGCUGGGUGGAAAAUGAUGUAUGUGAUGCUCUCGAGGCCUUGCUUAUGUUUAGGCAAAAAGCCACGAUGUUAGUAUGUGCACCGUACACGAGUCACACCCCACAACGAUCCUGGAAGUUUGUGUGCUCGUAUGCUUAGCAUACUU